CAGCAUCCCCAGGGAGCCUCGUCUCUGAAAACAUCAGCGUGGGGAAAUCCUCAGGGCCUGCUGCAGUCAAUCUAUGUGUUCGGCCUAAGCUCAAAGACGUGUCACGCAGCUCAUCUGGAGAGAGCGGAACUCAGAGAGCUGCCCGGGCCUGAAGGGAGACGAGCGCUUCCGGGUUAGUAAGAACAGCUGUUGUACUCCCGCACCCAUGAUCACCCGUGACCGGUAACGGCGCCGCAGUGUCGGAGUGGUGGGUGUAUAUGGCGCCUCUGGCCAAGCUGCUACUCUGGCUCUCCCAGUCCGCCGCCGCUCGCCAUUACAGCCUUUUCUCCAUAGGGCUCACACGCACCCUGCUCAUCUUCUUUAACAUGGCCUGGAAAAUGAGGAUCAAGUUCCCCUAUCUCUAUGUGAUCGCCUCCAUGAUGCUCAACGUCAGGCUACAGGUUCAUAUUGAAAUUCACUGAAAUUCAGUACUGUGAAAACCCGAUAUAAACUGGCUAUUUCCCAUGAUGGAUGGUGCGCUUUCUAUCCAGUGCCAGAAGUUCGAGGAUUCAAACCAUCUUAGCUCGUUUGAAGACAAUACAGCUGAGGAAUGUGUGGGAAAUUCCGUUCAGGAAGCCGAUCAUACUACUGACACUGAUAUUGUGCCCGCUGCUCAGUGUACCAGUUUACCUCUGUUACUCAGGAAGUACCCUUCGGGCAAGGUUCCCCCUUUGCCUGGCAUUUAUAAUUGUCGUUUUGUCAGGACAUCUCCAGCUCCACACAAGUGUUUUUACAGCUUCAAAAGGCCAAGAAAACAUAUGUUAGAAGACUUUUCUUUGGAUUUAUCUCAUAAAGCAAAAGUUGACUGGCUUGAGAGACCCCUACUAGGGGUCAGGGCCAGAGGAAGCUGGGGGCACACUUAUUGUAGCUGCUUUACCCAUUCUUGGUUUACAGAGUUGCCCCAUUCCUUAAGCUCAAGUAUGGCUGUCACAGGAUUUGUGGAGCAAGCUCGUCUGGAGAAUUUCCCACUUUGUGUGAAUAUCUAUUUUAAAGCUGCAAGCCCACAUAAUGGGCCAAGUCCGGCUGCUCUGACCGUCUACCAAUGCUUUGGCCCACAGGCCAACGAUUAAAUCUAAAUACAGGCCUAUGCCGUUCUUUUGCCAAUGGAAUUUUAUAACUUAAUGUGGUGGUUCACCUAAGUUAACUUUUAGUAUUUUAAAGAAUGGUUAAUUCCAAGCAACCUUUCAGCUGGUCUUCAUUUUUUAUUUGCCUUCUUUCCAAUGGAGGUCACUGACCCCAUCUAAAAAAACAAAUGCCCUGUAAGGCUACAAAUGUAUUGCUAUUGCUACUCUUGAUUACUGAUCUUUCUAUCCAGGUUGUCCUCUAUUAGUAUUCUAGUCUCUUAUUCAAAUCAGUUCAUGGUUGCUAGGGCAAUUUAGACCCUAGCAACCUGAUUUCGGAAAUUGCAAGCUGGAGAGCUGCUGAAUAAAAAGCUAAAUAACUCAGAAAACACAAAUAAUAAAAAUGAAAACCAGUUUCAAAUUGUCUCGGAAUAUCACUCUCUAAAUCAUACUAACAGCUAACUCAAAGGUGAACAACCUCUUUAAUAUUGGUUGGCAUGGUGUCUGGAGGCCACUAUACACAGGCUAAUAUGCUACUCAGUUGGUCUGAAGGGAUGGCAGGUUUGAUUGGCCUAGGUGGGCACCUUAGGCAGUUAAUCCAGUUAAUAGCCUUCCUCAGACUGUCUUGUUCCCAUGACUUCACUGCCUACAGUUGAAUACAGGAAAAUCGUCUCUAAUGGUAUUCAUCUAAGAGCUAACCCCAAGGUGAUUAAUUUAUUAAUAGUACAAGUCUCUGAGCUGUGUUAUGCAAUAGAACAGUCCCAGCAGUUGUUGAGAAAAUUGCUUUUGUUUGCGAUAUGGCAGAACCUGAAGUAUGUAGCAACAGUUCAUCUCGGUUUAUCAAUUUGGCUAUGAAACCUAAUAAGGAGGUACUUUUUUAAAAGACACAAAUUGUUUUUUGAUAAGCCAAAUAUUAAUUAUUUGUUUAAGGGGAUAGUGAGGGACUUAAUAGCCUUUUAGUCCAAAGAACAGUUUUUAUCUGUCUAAAAAAUGUUUUAUUGAUAAUAAAUUACGUAUCUAAUUUUUUUUUUUUUCCCCACAAUCUAUACCUUUUGUAUCCAGCCCAAACUGCCAUUUAUCACUCUUGUUCAUGCCAGUUUGCUUUUAUCAUGGAUUCCCUAAAAUGUGAA